CCGCCCAGCCGUCCCAUGCUGGCUCCUGAUAGGCUACCAAGGCUGUCCGCCUUGACAGGGGGCUGUGCGCAGGCGCAGAGAGGCAGCGCGACUGGGCUGAGGUCUGGCUACGCGGAGGUACCGGAUCGGUCCGAGAUGGCAGAGGUGGAGGAGACACUGAAGCGACUUCAGAGCCAGAAGGGCGUGCAGGGAAUCAUCGUGGUGAACACAGAAGGCAUUCCCAUCAAGAGCACCAUGGACAGCCCCACCACCACACAGUACGCCAACCUCAUGCACAACUUCAUCUUGAAGGCCCGGAGCACCGUGCGUGAAAUUGACCCCCAGAAUGACCUCACCUUCCUUCGAAUUCGCUCCAAGAAAAAUGAAAUUAUGGUUGCACCAGAUAAAGACUAUUUCCUGAUUGUGAUUCAGAAUCCAACUGAAUAAGCCGCUCUCUUGGCUCCCUGCGUCAUUCCUUAAUUUAAUGCCCCUCAAGAAAAAUAGCGUUAAUCAUGUCAACCGACUGGCAUAUGGAAGCCACCUUAGAGCCUCUCAGACCACUCCGCUGCAGCUCCACCUACCCCACCGAAGUCAUCUCUCUGCUGGCCAGACGCACCUGAUUUUCCAGGAGGAAAAUCCCAUCCAGGUUUAUGGAGCAAGAGAUUGUGAGAAGCCCACACACCCUGUUUCCUUCUGACUUUGAGUUCACUUUGUUGCCCUUGGAAAAGGCUGUUUUUCUUUAACUAAAAAUAACCAAAACGCUUUC